CCCCUCCCGGACGCCCCGCUAGACAAUCUUGGCCAGAGAUGGAUGUCCAAGGAGAACUUGCUCAACAUGGCAGCAGAGGAAGACCCCAGCCUGUUUGUGGCUCUGUACGACUUCCAGGCUGGGGGAGACAAUCAGCUGAGCAUAUCCAAAGGUUGGUUGCUUUUAAAAUGUUGAAAAUCAAUCAUUUUUAUUUGAUGACAAGAACAUCAUUACACAGACAGUUGGUCAGCUGACAUUCACUGUUUGUUAUAGGUUCUGUUUUCUACUCCUUUUGGCAUUUUUUCCUUCCUUAUAUCGUCACUGUAGCUGGUCCACAUACAUUAGGUAUGGGUGCAUUGGUAAAUGGUAUACAGCAGGGAGUGUUCAUAGAUCAUUGCCACAUACUACCAUUGUUUUCACUAUCCUUAAAACUCAACUUAAAUAUUCAAGAGUUUCACUAGAUUAUCAAAGUGUGUCUGUCGUGUAAAAGGGUUAAGGUCCAUAGCUAAUAAGCUAAUUCUUGUGACAUCCGUAAAGAAAUUUGUUAUGUAUAUAUUUGUAAAUAUCAUAAUCUAACUGCUGUUAGUCUGCAUGUCAUUUCCAGUGCUUAUUGCCGGGUAUGCAGAAACAAACUGAUUGUAUAAAUAACAUUGGUGACACCUAUCACAUCAAUUUAUAGUGUUAAAUAAUUACAGACACUAGUAUUUUUUUUUAAAAAUCCAGACAGUAUUCUUCAUUUGCAUCAGUUGACGACUGUAGAAAAAAGAAAAAAACUAUUUCGGAUUUUGUAUUUUUCUGUUAUCUUUUUACAAAUAUCUUCUGAGAAGUAGACUGUCUGAUAAUUAAAUUUUGUAGAAUAUAUUACUUUGUUUGUUAAAAUUUCAACUUGAUUCCAGGCGAGAUGGUCACUAUGAUAGCCUACAACAACAGUGGCGAGUGGUGUGAGGUCAAAAACCGGGCUGGUCAAGGGGGUUGGGUCCCCAGUAACUACAUUGGUCCAGUCAACAGUGUGGACAAGUUUUCCUGGUACCACGGACCCAUCUCUAGGAAUGCCUCAGAGUACCUCCUCAGCUCUGGCAUCAAUGGAAGCUUUCUCGUUCGUGAGAGUGAAAGCAGUCCUGGUCAAAGGUCAAUUUCUGUGCGUUAUGAGGGUCGUGUCUACCAUUACAGAAUUAGUGAGGAUUCUGACGGCAAGGUAAUAAGUUGAUGCAGGUUUGAAAUUAUAAAUGUAUGAUAUUAAAAUGUUGUCAUUUGUAGACGUUUGUAAGCCUUUGAUCAGAUGCCCCUACACACUGCAGCUCAACUUCUAUAAGACGAGAAGAAAAUUUGUAAUAAAGGAGCUGAUAUGGGUGCGAUGGCCAGCCAAAGUGUCAUAGAUGUAAAAAAAAAUAUCGUUAAAAAUAACUUUAACACCUUUUUCAAACUUAUGUAAAGUGCUAAUUGUAUGAGGACAGAACAAAACCAUGAUCGCUGGAUGGCCCUUAGUUACUUCAUUCAAUCACAAUUUGACUUUGUUUUGCCUUGUUUCCUUGCCAGGUUUUUGUCACCCAAGAACAUCGUUUCAACACCCUUGGAGAGCUGGUCCACCACCAUUCCAUCCACGCGGACGGCCUUGUCACCACAUUGCUGUACCCUGCACCAAAGAGACAGAAACCCACCGUGUUUGGCGUCAGCCCUGAACCUGACAAGUGGGAGAUAGAGCGGACAGAAAUAGCCAUGAAACAUAGACUUGGUCAGUGUUGUUCAGUUCAAGGACAUUGGUUGUUGUAUUGUCAUGGCACGGAAGCAUUGAUUGAAUUACUUGUAAAUAUAGCUGCUGUCAUUUAUAUGAUGAGCUGGUGAGGGGUAACCCACUUAAACAACAUGGAUGUUGCUUUCAGUUCCCUGGCGAGCCAUUAACUUGACAAUGCUCAUGUUUUAAAAAUUUUUUUUGUUGUAGCUUUGAAAAUACUGUUACAGAAUUUGAAACAAAGAAUUUUUAAUGAAAUCAUCAGACCUAUUAUUCAUAUAAUAUUUGGAGAUUCAGAAAAAGCUGACAAAUUUUGUUAUUUUUAUAAAAGGGAAAUUUCAAUUCAGAAAGCAUUCAUGUUAAAAAAAAUUAUUAUACGGGGGGUUUCCAUAAAUGAUGAGUUUUUGUCUUAUCUUGGACUAUCAUUUCAAUUAACAGUAUCAUUUAUUUUUCCCUGAUGUAACAAAAAAAUAUCCGUCUGGGAGAAGUUUUUGCAAUGUUUCAAUGGUAUAUUAAAAAAAAUUUCAGGUGGUGGUCAGUAUGGAGAUGUGUAUGAAGCUAUUUGGAAGCGCUACAAUAAAACGGUUGCUGUUAAAACAUUAAAGGAAGAUACAAUGGCUCUCAAAGAUUUUCUGGAAGAAGCUGCCAUUAUGAAGGAGAUGAAACAUCCAAAUUUGGUGCAGUUAUUAGGUCAGUUUCAGUGCUUGUAUUGGGUCAUGUACAGCACAGCAGGUGUUUUACAGGGUUUUGUUCUAGUUACAAAUAAGUUAAGCCAGCCACAAGUUUGGUGUGCUAACCUUGUGCCAUUUGUUGGCCAUCUGCUAGCCAUGCGUCCUCACAUGCAGCUUACACCAGGUGGUCUGCCACACGCUGCCACCAUCGAUUAGUAGCUGCUUUUUUAAUGUGGUGCUUAGCACUCCACGGCCAGACCUGAAUACUAAAAUAACUUCACGUAUGUAUCAGCAUGACCUUUAUGAGUCUGGUUUCACAUUCUAAAAUUCCGAACUAAAGAUUUGAAGACAUAUGAUUUAUCUAUUGAACUUCAACUACUUUUUUUUUAAAAUAAAAUUUUUAUACAAUUUUUUGUGAGAAGUGUUUUGGUGGGGUGGUUUAUUUCACGAGUUAAAAUGGGCCAUCAGGGUCUCAGGCAAGUGAUGCUCAAUAGUUGUAUUUUUCAUUAAAUAAAUGACAUGCAUUUGUUCUUAUUUUUAAAUUUGUAAAAUAUUCCUCUUUUAAAUUGCAUGUUUAAAAAUAUUAUGAAUAAUCCCCUUAACAGAGUCAAAAACAAACCCUUGUCUGAUGACAUAUUGGUUACCCAUGCAUCUAUAAUCUAUGCCUUGAUUUUUAUGCAAUCGAAUCUAAUUUUUACACAGUACAAUGUUGCUAUUUUAAAAUAAUAAAAUGCUGUUGCCUUCAGUAAUGCUUGGAGUAGUUAUUUGUAAUUUAAGUGUGCAACAAGGAAAUAAGAGAAAAACUUGAGGGGUUAUUACCGUCACCUUGUCUUUGAUUGCCAGUUAAAUUUCUUAUCAGCAACCGUCGGUGAAUGCUUAAAAACAGAAGAUUCUGAAUUGAUGGCAUUGCAGGUGUGUGUACCAGAGAGCCACCAUUCUACAUUGUCACAGAGUUUAUG